CUCUGCAGUAACCGUUCUUUAAUUAACCUAACGAUCAUUGUCAAAUAGUUUAUCAGUUAUCCAAUUUCCGUUUCUCUCUGCCAACCGUCCCAAUUGCAUUCCCAAAUAGGAAACUGAAAAUCACAUAGAAAAACGCAUAGAGUGAGAGAAAAAUUGCCCCCAGAAAAGGAAAAACCAAAAAAAAAAGGAAAAAAAAAAGAAACUUUCUUCGACAACUUGUUUUUCUAUUUUCCUUUGGUUUCCACUGCUUGGAUUCGGCUCCUGUCGGAUUAUCAACAGAGGCAGAUCGAAUAUAUUCUCCCUAUUUUCUGUUUUGAUGAGCACAGGAGAACAUUUUCCCAUGUUCUUUUGUUCUCGUUCCCCUGUUUCCUCUGUUUCCUUGCCCCCAAGCUCCCUUGAUCUUCUGAUCCUCAACCAGCUGCCUAGCUAUGAAACCAUCCAAUUCCGAUACCCAUCUCUUGUUUUGCCUUGCUAUUGUAUUGCUAAUCCUUGAACAAAACUUUGUUCGUGUACUCGGGGCAACCUCGGAGCCUAACUCCACAUCGUAUGUAGUCACCUGCGGCUCCAAGACGAAAGGGACUGAUGCCAACAAACGGACCUGGCUCCCCGAUGCCAAGUUCCUUGCCUCUGCCCGUUUGAAUUCGGUUUCGGCCGUGGCGCAGUCACAGGACCCAUCGCUGCCAUCCGCGGUCCCUUACAUGUCCGCCCGGAUCUUCACGGCUGAAUCCUCGUAUCAGUUCCAGGUCUCCUCGAAAUCCCGCCUAUGGCUUCGCCUCCACUUCUACCCAUCAACUUACAGCGAUCUCGACCCAACAGAAUCUCACUUUGCAGUCGCCGCCAACGAGCUCACCCUCCUCCGAAACUUUAGCGCUUCGAUCACGGCCCUGGCUCUCACCCAAGCGUAUAUUAUACGGGAAUUCUCACUCGCCCCGAUUGCAUCCGGGACCCUCAAGAUCACCUUCAUGCCUACUUCGGCUCACAGUUACGCGUUCGUGAAUGGCAUUGAGGUGAUUUCAAUGCCUGACCUGUUUCAGACAGAGCCCGAGAUGGUUGGGUUCAAGGACCAGUCCGUUGAUCUCAUGACCUCGUCGCUGCAAACAAUGUUCCGCCUCAAUGUCGGGGGACAGUACAUUCCAUCAACGGAUGAUUCGGGGCUUACCAGGAUUUGGUAUGAUGACACACCUUACUUGUUCGGGGCUGCAAUUGGGGUCACUUCUCAAGCUGACAAGAAUGUCACGAUUCGGUACUCUAAGGAUGUUCCUGAAUAUAUCGCGCCUCUCGAUGUGUACAGCACGGCAAGGACGAUGGGGCCUGACCCGGAAGUUGCUCAGAACUCCAAUCUGUCUUGGGUGUUCCCCAUUGAUGCUAACUUCACAUAUGUAGUUAGGUUCCAUUUUUGCGAGUACUUGCGGGAUAAGAUCAAUCAAAGGGUGUUCGAUAUUUUCGUAAACAAUCAAACAGCUCAGGCAUCGGCCGAUGUGAUUGCAUGGUCCGGAUCGCAGGGAGUGCCUGUGUACAAGGACUAUGCAACUUAUGCUAGUGAUGGAGCUGGGGACGAUUCAUUGUGGGUGGCACUGCACCCGAGUGUGUCGAUGAAACCCGAAUACUACGAUUCAAUCCUCAACGGGCUGGAGAUCUUUAAGGUUAACGACACGGGCGGGAAUUUGGCAGGCCCCAACCCCGUCCCAUCGCCUAUGCUUGUAAAGGCAGAGGCUAACGCUGCAAAGAAUUUCUCUCCUUCGAGUUCCUCCAAGCAGGGCCCAGUAGUCGGUGGGGUGGUGGGAGCCUUUGCAGGUUUCGUGGUAGUUGUCGCGGUUUUCUUUGUCAUCCGCCGCAAGAAAAGUAGAGGGUCGAGAAGUGGGACGGCGGACUCACGCGUCGGUAAUUGGUUGCCGCUCUAUGGGAGUUCCUACACCACGACGAGCACGAGCAAAUCAACAAGCUCAGGCAAGAGCAACGCUAGCAGCCACCUCUCAUCCCUGGCAGGGAGCCUGUGCCGGCAUUUCUCACUAUCGGAGAUCAGGCACGCAACGAAGGACUUCGAUGAGUCACAGGUGAUUGGGGUGGGAGGGUUUGGCAAGGUCUUCAAGGGUGUCAUUGAUGGGGGUUCGACCAAGGUGGCUAUCAAGAGGUCGAACCCUUCGUCCGAGCAGGGCAUCAACGAGUUCCAGACGGAGAUCGAGAUGCUCUCGAAAUUGAGGCACAAGCACUUGGUGUCCUUGAUUGGCUUUUGUGAGGAGAAUGAUGAGAUGAUUUUGGUUUAUGAUUAUAUGGGGAAUGGCACAUUGAGGGAGCACCUCUAUAAGAGCAACAAUGCUCCCUUGCCGUGGAAGCAAAGGCUAGAGAUUUGCAUUGGAGCCGCUAGAGGGCUUCACUACCUUCACACCGGGGCGAAGCACACGAUUAUCCAUCGGGACGUGAAGACCACGAACAUCUUGCUGGACGAGAAGUGGGUGGCGAAGGUCUCCGACUUUGGGCUAUCCAAGACCGGCCCGAACCUAAACCAGACCCAUGUGAGCACCAUCGUGAAGGGCAGUUUCGGUUACCUGGAUCCAGAAUACUUUAGGCGCCAACAACUGACAGAGAAAUCCGACGUGUACUCAUUCGGGGUUGUCCUCUUUGAGGUCCUCUGUGCGAGGCCCGCUCUCAACCCCAGCCUGCCGAAGGAGCAGGUCAGCCUGGCCGACUGGGCCCGACUCUGCCACAAGAAGGGAACCCUAGAGGAGAUCAUUGACCUGCACCUCCGGGGCCAGAUUAGUCCGGAAUGCUUCAAGAAGUUCACCGAGACAGCUGAGAAGUGCCUGAGCGACCAUGGCUACGACCGGCCCUCAAUGGGGGACGUGCUCUGGAACCUUGAGUUUGCCCUCAAGCUGGAUGACAACCCCGACGGGGUGAGGCUGGCAGUGGAGAAUAAAGCGAGCAACGACCGUUACAUGCACAUGUCGACGAUAAACAUCAAUGAGGAUAGUAGCACAGUGAGCGUGGAAGAGCCUGACGACGAUGAACACCCGCCGGUGUUUUCACAAAUAGUGAAUCCUACUGGGAGAUGAGAUACUGAGCAUAGCUUUUACUCUUUGAGGGCUUUUUGUCAUAUAUGUAAUUAUGUUUUUUGCUUAGAAUAUCCUUUCGGGGCGAUAGAGAUAGAGGCUAGA